AUGACCAAUCACCGGGCACGUCAGCGCACGUCCAAUCAGGGCGGGGCCACCUGCAAGAAAGGGAAAAUAUGGAAGGAUGGUGAUAUAGUUGUUGGAGGGGCCUUUCCCUUCUAUAGUAGUUGGGAAACCAUUGAUUUAUCUUAUGUGGUCAUGCCACCUCCUAUGAAGUGCAUAAGCCUGGAUUUGAGAGCGCUCCAGUUUUCACAGACACUGAUCUUUGCAGUAGAGGAAAUAAACAACAGUUCUUCUUUACUGCCAGGUGUCUCUUUGGGUUACAAAAUCUAUGAUACAUGUAGUUUAGCAGCACAAGGGAUUAGAAUAGCCAUGGCACUUGUUAAUGGGAAUGAGAACUCAAUUUUAAAUGAUUCCUGCACAAAGCCAGCCCAAGUUCAAGCUAUAAUAGGAGAAACCUAUUCAUCUGUGUCUAUGGCUAUAGCAAACAGUAUUGGGCCUUUCAGCAUUCCUAUCAGUCAUUAUGCCACCUGUGAGUGUCUCAGUGACAAAAGGAAAUACCCCUCAUUUCUGCGCACUAUUCCCAGUGAUUAUUUCCAGAGCAGAGCGCUAGCAGAGAUGGUCAAAUACUUUGGUUGGACCUGGGUGGGAGCAUUAAGGAGAGAUGAUGACUAUGGUAACAGCGGCAUGGCUGCAUUUACUGAAAUUGCAGAGCAGUUGGGUAUCUGCUUGGAAUAUUCACUUCCAUAUUAUAGAACUUACUCAAAAGAAAGAGUGCUGAGAAUCAUUGACCAAAUUAAAAUCUCCACUUCACGUGUAAUAGUUGGAUUUCUCGACACCUGGGAUUUGGAGAGUCUCUUGCAUUUAUUCUUUGAACACAACAUCACUGGAUAUCAGUGGGUAGGAACAGAGGCUUGGAUCUUUGACCCGGAGUUAGCCAAAUUAGACCAAAAAAAUAUACUCCAAGGAGCUAUAGGACUAGCUAUACCAAAAGCAAAGGUGACAGGUCUGGAGGAUUUCAUUCUGGAUGUAAAACCACUGAAAUUUGUAGGCAGUGUUAUUUUCCCUGAAUUCUGGAAGGUUCUGUUUAACUGUGAAUAUACAGUGCAGAGUGAUUUGAAGGGUAUGCCAGUGUGCACAGGAGAGGAGAAGCUGUCUGAUGUGCAAAAUGCAUUCACUGACAUGUCGCUGAUGCCCAUUUUUAGUAAUGUGUACAAAGGAGUUUAUGCCAUUGCCCAUGCUCUACACAACCUUCUACACUGCAACAAAACAUGUCCCACAAAGCAACAGCCUGAUCCUCUCACAUUUUUAGACCACCUUAAAAAGGUAUAUUUCAAAACCAAAGAUGGGGAUGAAGUUUAUUUUGAUAAAAAUGGUGACCCUCCUGCAAAAUAUGAGAUUAUAAACUGGCAAAUAAAUAAACAAAAUCAACAUGAAUUUAUUACCGUUGGACUGUAUGACUCCACUCAACUUAGUCAUCAAUUAGCAGUAAACAUGAGCACUAUAAUUUGGUCACAAAAUUCCAAUGAGGUACCUAUAUCUGUAUGCAGCGAGAACUGCCUUCCAGGAACAAGGAAGGCUGUACUAAAAGGAAAGCCUAUCUGUUGCUUUGACUGUAUAUCAUGUGCUGAAGGAGAGAUCAGCAAUAUGACAGAUGCUAUUAAAUGUGAACAAUGCUCUCAGGAUUACUGGUCAAAUUCAAAGAAAGAUGAAUGUAUAAAGAAGGAUGUUGAAUAUCUAUCCUAUGAGGAAACUAUGGGAAUUUUGCUAACAGCCGUUUCUAUUAUUGGUGCAUUACUAACAAUGGUAAUAUCAGUAAUAUUCUUUAGAUACAAUCAUACUCCAAUAGUCAAAGCCAACAACUCAGAGAUGAGCUUCCUGCUGCUCUUCUCCCUGACACUUUGUUUCCUUUGUUCACUUACUUUCAUUGGUCAGCCCUCUGAGUGGUCCUGUAUGUUCCGCCACACUGCAUUUGGGAUCACCUUCGUCCUCUGCAUCUCCUGCAUUCUGGGAAAAACUAUAGUGGUGUUAAUGGCCUUCAGGGCUACAGUUCCAGGCAGUAAUGUCAUGAAAUGGUUUGGGCCUCCACAGCAAAGACUCAGUGUUUUUGUCUUCACUCUCAUACAGGUCCUUAUUUGUGUGCUUUGGUUAACUAUUUCCCCUCCAUUCCCUUUCAAAAAUCUAAAAAGCUACAAAGAAAAAAUAAUUUUAGAAUGUAAUCUGGGUUCUACUGUAGGGUUUUGGACUGUGUUGGGUUAUAUAGGAUUGUUGGCUUUUUUAUGUUUUGUUUUAGCUUUUCUAGCCCGUACAUUACCUGAUAAUUUCAAUGAAGCCAAAUUCAUCACAUUCAGCAUGCUCAUAUUCUGUGCAGUGUGGAUCACCUUUAUUCCAGCUUAUGUCAGCUCUCCUGGAAAAUUUACUGUAGCUGUAGAGAUAUUUGCCAUUUUGGCCUCAAGCUUUGGGAUACUGUUUUGUAUAUUUCUUCCAAAAUGUUAUAUUAUCAUACUAAAACCAGAAAAGAACACUAAAAAAAUAAUGAUGAAUAAAGCACAAAAUCACCGCAGGGACAACUGCGGCCCCCACCCAGAAAAGGGCAGAGGAGAGCCCGAAGGUGGGUCAUCCAACAGCCACAAUGUAGACGCCCCAGGGUGCCGUGGCGGCAAGCCCGCAGGCUCCGCCGGCAGCCGACCACACCAGGGCAGACCGGCCCCUGGGCCUGGAAAUCCAACCGGGGCCCAGCAAAGCCAGGAGGGCCAGGCCCCAGCAAGCGACCACCGAGAGUGGGCCAGCGCUUACCUGAGCAUCCCGCCCCGGCACGAGAAACCAACAACGCACCGGUUGCCGGGGGCAUCCUCCACCGGCAGGAUCCAGGCACCACUACCCCCAGAGGGGCAAUCAGCGCCCGAUCCUGGAGCUGAACCCCCUUCGCUCCGGCGUGGGGACAGGAAGACCACCCCGGUCCCCGCAGCAGCAGAGAAGACCACCAGUCCCGACCCCGACCGGGUGGCCAGCUCAUCCUCACAGCCUCCGGCCCCUGACAGAGAACAGGGGCGUGGACACGAGGAGACAGAGGAGUACCACCUCCCCCACAUCCCAGCGACGCACACGCACCUCAAAACCCUAUCUGUGUGUUGGUGUGGUGGAGCAGGAGAAGUGAAGCCUUAG